AGUUACAACCAACAUCAUCGGUGAUCUCGGUGAAACCAAUCAGGCAUCCGAUUCCUUUGUUCCUCUAUUUCUCCAAUCCCCAAGAAAAUAAUGCUGUCUUCCAUGGAGAAUAACCCUGGCUCUUCACUGGAUCAUAUCCACUUCCCUCACCUCCCACCUGGUUUCAGGUUCCACCCAUCUGAUGAAGAACUCAUAGUCCAUUAUUUGAAGAAGAAAGUCACUUCAAGUCCUCUCCCUGCUUCUAUCAUCGUCGAAAUAGAUCUAUACAAGCAUGAUCCAUGGGAACUACCAACAAAAGCUGUGUUCGGAGAGGAUGAAUGGUACUUUUUCUCCCCAAGAGAUAGGAAGUACCCGAAUGGAGCAAGGCCUAACAGGGCAGCUGCUUCAGGGUACUGGAAGGCGACUGGAACAGAUAAACUAAUCCUCACUUCAUGUGGAACAAAGGCUAUUGGAGUGAAGAAAUCCCUUGUGUUCUAUAAAGGCCGCCCUCCUAAAGGAACCAAGACAGAAUGGAUCAUGCAAGAAUAUAGAUUGCUUGAUUCCAUAUUUUUCUGUACUUCCAGGAUAGCUAUGAGGAAAAAGAUCAGCUUUCCUGAGAAUGUUUCGAGUAAUGAAAUAAAUGGCCACCUCCCAGGAUUGAUUCAGUCAUGGCCUUCAAAUCCUUACCCAGAUGGUGAGAUGAUCAAAGGUUAUCUAUACAAUGACUGCCCCAUGUUGCCUUACAUCUUUUCCUCCCCCGGUAUUCCCUACACUGAAAAAACCUCAAGCCUAAGCCUCCAAAGCAGCCCGAAUUCUUGCAUUUCUGUCCAUCAGGAGGAUUAUGAGAAGCAGAACCUGCAGAUUCCAGAUUCUUUGGAGAACUUCUUUAACCGUUUGAAAAGAAAGCUGAUGGAGCAAAACCAGGGGAAGAGUUCUACUGUCCUACCAAGCAAUAAACUCGUGAAUGGAGAUGCUGCUAUGCAUUGCAGUGACAUUAAUAACUGUCGUGGAAGAAACAGAGACCAGUCUGAGGGCACCAAUUUCAGUCCUGAUGUAUGGAAUUCCACCUUCCAGUACCAAGAACUUAAUCACUUGGACUUCAGAGGAACCUCUACAUAGGUUUUACAAGAAAACCCAUACAUUGACAUUAUUGCAAAAGCUGCUAAAGACUGCAGAUAAAAGUAUUUGAAACCCAAAAAAAAAAAAAAAAACCUAUAUAUGGUGAUAUCGUGUGAUUAUAAGGUGGACAGAAUACAGAUGGUGAUUUAUU